UCACAAGUUUCAUUUCCCGUUUCUAAAAGCAUCAAUAAUUGUGAGGCAAACAUGAGUUGUUCCUAGAGAUGCGGGUCGUCGACAAAGGAAAGAAUAAUUGUUCAAUAAAAUCCCAAAAGAAACUCUCAUAAUUCUCAUUACCUCUUCUAUCGCUCUGCCUAGUUUUUUUCUUUUUUUCUUGCAUUUUCCUCUCUCCCUUGUUCUUCCCUCUCUAAAAUCCUUCUCCCACAAAUCAGGGAGUUAAAGAGAGGGAAGAACCUUAACAAAAGAAGUUAAGAACUGAAGAUAUAUAUCGAGAGAGGAAACGAAAAAAAACUGAAAUGUCGGUCUCUAGGCUUUUCUUCGUCGUUUCGACAAUCGUAUGGAUAGUUUUCACCAUUUUGUUACCAAUGACACAUGCUCAAUCCGCGGCUCCUGCUCCGGCUCCAACAAGCGACGGAACAACGAUAGACCAAGGCAUAGCAUAUUUCCUCAUGUUGGUGGCUUUGGUCCUCACAUAUCUCAUCCAUUAAUGAUCCUUUUUCAAUUUAAUCUUGGUCUCUAUUUAGUUUAAUUAUUUAUUUAUUUUUGCAUUUUGAUUAUAACUAAAUAGAGAGACCAGAAAAGUUUUUAUGUGUGGUAGAGAUCAUCAAAGAGGUUUUCUAAUUUUUUGAGGAUACAGUUAAGAAGUUCUUUUGUAUAAAGUCGAUGUGCAUUCAAUUGUUGGAAAUAUAUUUCAUCGAUUAAUUACAUCUUUCUUAUUCAAAGAUUCAAUACCGUAAAUGAUAUUUUUUUAUCAAUAA